GCAGUGGCGGGAGCUGUCCGCGAGCCCUAGUUCUGAAGUGGGAGAGGAGGUGCCCGGCGCCCGGUUCCGGGGCAGCGAAGACGAUGGCGUUCAUGGUGAAGACCAUAGUGGGAGGCCAGCUGAAGGACCUCACCGGGAGCCUAGGGGGCGGCGAAGACAAAGGGGACGGGGACAAGUCAGCAGCCCAAGCGCAGGGCAUGAGCCGAGAGGAGUAUGAGGAGUAUCAGAAGCAACUUGUGGAAGAGAAGAUGGAGCGGGACGCACAGUUCAUGCAGAGGAAGGCAGAGCGGGCCACGCUGCGGAGCCACUUUCGAGACAAAUACCAACUGCCCAAGAACGAGACAGAUGAGAGCCAGAUCCAGAUGGCAGGUGGAGACAUGGAGUUGCCCCGGGACCUGGCCAAGAUGAUUGAGGAGGACACAGAGGAGGAAGAGAGGGCCUCAGUCUUCGGGCAGCUGGCCAGCCUUCCUGGCUUAGACCUUGGCUCCCUCAAGAACAAGGCCCAGGCCACACUGGGGGACCUCAAGCAGUCAGCUGAGAAGUGCCACAUCAUGUGAUUACUUCCCCUGGGGGUGCUUACAGGUGUGCCCAGAGGGCUGGGGCCACAUGUGCUUGAAAAGCAUGUCUCAACUUCCGUGGACCCAUACUCCACCUUGGCUUUGUUUCCCCUGUACCAGUCUAGAUUAGGACCCUUCUCUGACCCAGCCACCUUCUGGCUUCUCUCUCUCUCCUCUAGGAGCAAAGUCCCCAUUCCUCCCCCUACCCUCUCAGGAUGCAGCCUCCCUGCUCAGCCUGGGGAAGCCUCCCAAGAUUGUAGGAAUAGGCCGUGGACCAAAAUUUCUACACAUAGGUACACCCAGAGAGAGAGGCAGAGACCUUGGCACGUGCAGAGUUGUACACCACAGAUGCAUCCUGGCACACACAGACACACACAUGGACCAGCCCCCUGGUGCCUAGCCUCUCUAGACACCAACGCUAAGAUAUGCUUAGAGAGGGCUUCAGGCAGGCACCCUCAGCAGACAGGAGGUCUGAGAGUGAGUCUCCAUGUUUAUUCUCCUUGAAAAGCACUGCUCUUUCCAGGCCUCAUUUCAUCAUCUAUAAAACGGGGAUGAACUGGGUGAUUUUUAAGAUCUUUCCAGCUUGGUCUCCCAGGACCCUCAUAGUCAACCCCACAUCCCUCCUUGGGCAAGGCAGGUGCUGCCACCGUGGGCUCUGGUUCUUGGGAGCUGAGUGAUGCUGUGCAAGCAACAAGUACCAAGCAUGAAGCUGGCACCGAACAGUAGCUCAGGAGGCUCCAGGACUUCUCUGAGCUGAGGGCCCAGGGACUAGCCAAUUUCUGUUUUGUUUCUGUAGAACUCUCUGGAUUCCACAGCUGAAUUUCCUCACUCAGUUCAGUGAAAAGAAAAAUUCCAGCCCUGACAUGUGUAUCUUAGUUGGGCAUCGUCCCUGCAAACCAAAAGGUCACCAGUUCGAUUCCUGGAAUCCAACUCAGACAGUUUGGGACAUAUGUCUGAGUUGCAGGCUCAGUCCCCAGUCGAGGCAUGUGCAA